AUGCCGGCGGUGGAGGGGAUGCGUGACGUGGUCGCGACCGUGAGCGGCUACCACGGCGACGAGCGGCACAGGCUCGUCAAGCUCAUCGCGGAGACCGGCGCGAGCUACGUCGGAGCCAUGAGCAGAUCCAUCACGCACCUGGUGUGCUGGAGGCUGGAGGGGAAGAAGUAUGACAUCGCGAGGAGGCUCCGGACGCGCGUCGUCAGCCACCGCUGGUUCGAGGACUGCCUCAGAGAGGGGAAGCGCCUCCCCGAGAAACCCUACAUCAUGGAAAGUGGUGAAGAAGCAGGGCCAGUACCUGAGGUGCCCACUUUCCCGUGUGGACGAUCCAAGAGAGAUGCAAGCAUGAAGAAUAGAUGCUUGAAAGAAUUACCUGAUGAUUUCUGCAAUACUUCAUAUGCAACCGAUGUGCUUAGGGUUGCUGAUUCAGGUUCUGAUUGUGAGCAUCACGGAUGGUCUGAUUCCUCCCUACUGAAAGAAAAUGUUUUUGUUGGUGGUGAGAAUUCUAAGAUUGGUGCAACACAUGCUAAGGAAAGAAGAAAACGUUUAAAGCAUGCACAGAAAUCAACCAAUGAAGAUGUACUAGAGCCAGAAGACAAUAUUUCUAAUCUCAUGGCAAGAAAAGGGCGUCAUGAGUCAAGUUUUACUUCAUCUCGGAGCAGAUCAGAGCAGAAAGGAGAUCUGUCAAGGUUUCUUCAUAACGAUGAUGCUAACAUGAUGGCAAAAAGAAAUAGUCUCAUGAAAAAGGAAUCAAUAACCAAACAUGCAGGCUAUCUUGUAGAAAGCUGUGAAAAUGAAAUUUUAGCAGACAGCUUCAGUGAACCUGAGAUGUUGGAUAGUCCGUCCACCGAAGAUCGGAGAAAAAUAAGGAAGACAAGAUUGUCAUCAUCAUUUCGACAAAGUACCUUGGACAGUAUAUAUGAUUAUGGUGAAGCUAUUGAGCAUGAUCCUGAGAAAAGUGCGGAUCAAGAAAGUUUCGAAUUGGGUGAAAGUCCAAGAAGCUUUCAGCCAAGUUCUUCAUCCAGGCAAGAACCAGCUUUCUGUACUGAGGAGAAAGCAAAUCAAAGUGGCAUUGAUGAUGAAAAGGGAGAUGAUGGGAAACCCCCUUUGGAAAAACCAGCCAGUUGUCAAGGGCAAGCAGAACUUUCAUGUGUUAUUUGCUGGACAGAUUUUUCUUCAACAAGGGGCAUCUUACCAUGCGGACAUCGAUUUUGUUAUUCAUGCAUUCACGGAUGGGCGGAUUGUCUGUCUUCUAGGGGAAAAGUCGCAACAUGUCCACUGUGCAAAACCAGCUUCACCUGGAUCAGUAAAAUAGAUGAGGCCGGUACAUCUGAUCAAAAGAUAUAUUCUCAAACAAUUCCUUUCUUAACUUCUUCCGACACUUUCAUGUUUGAUGAUCGAACCUAUGGCAAUCCUGAAUCACCGUCUGGGCAAGGAGCUUGCUACCAGUGCCAUUGUCGUGAGCCUGAGGAACUUCUUCUGAGCUGCCAUGUUUGCCGGUCGCAAUGGGUACACUCGUACUGUCUGGAUCCUCCAUUGACGCCCUGGACGUGCAUACAUUGCAGAGACCACCGGAUGCUGUAUCAGCGGUAUCGCUAACCAGAACUCUGAAACCUGAUGAAUCUUCCUUUGUUCAUUAGAGAUUAUUAUAAGGGGCUAUUGCAUUUGAAAUGUAUCAUCGCUGCUCUGGUCAUGUGCUUCAGGCAUUGUUAUAUAUGUUGAGAAUUGGCAAUAAUUGGUGUCUGUAAUGGUGAUAUCCAAUUUCACAUAAGCCGUGAUAAACUGCUCACGUUUGAGCUCCAUUUAACUGUUGUAUACUGUAGUUGCGAAGCUGUACUGUUGGAGCAACUCCAAGAGUUUUGCAAAUUUUGUUUCUCAUCUUGUAUUUUGGCGAGUCUUCAAA